GCUCAUUGUAGUAGCGCCAGGCGCGGAAACGUGAGUGCUAAAACACAGUGAUCGUACUAGUCCAAAACAUCUUUUAUAUUUUUCUACUUUUAUAUCUAAUUGUAUAGUUUCGUUAUUUUUAUUACUUAGAAGUUAUAUUUUCUCAUCGUUUUAUACGCUUCUGAUUUGUAUAUUGGCUAUAAGAAACUCACAAGAACUGAACAAAAACACGUACCUUAAUUUCACAAAGAAACGGAAUAGAAGCAAACAUAACUCACCCUUAAAAACAAAAGAAAUCAAUGUGUUUAUAAAUUUUCCCAACGAAGAACCCACUACAUCCACACAUUUUCAAAAUGCAUAUUGAAGUGCAAGUAGCUCUAAAUUUUGUAAUUUCGUACCUGUACAACAAACUCCCAAGGAGGCGAGUAAAUAUAUUCGGCGAAGAGUUAGAAAAAGCCUUAAAAGAGAAAUUCCAGGGCCACUGGUAUCCUGACAAGCCGUUCAAAGGUUCCGCUUUCAGAUGCCUAAAAACAGGUGACCCUAUCGACAAAGUUCUAGAGAGGGCAGCCAGAGAAAGUGGUGUUCCCAUCACCGAUAUCUUGGAAAACCUUCCCCAAGAAUUGGCAGUUUGGGUUGAUCCCGGUGAAGUUAGCUACCGCAUUGGCGAAAAGGGAGCUGUUAAAAUCCUAUUUAGCGAUAAAGGUGACCCACAAGACGAGCAUUCCGCAGACCGAGAAGUCACCAAAACUUUCAACCCCGAAGCACAAUGCUUCAGACCCAUCGAGUGCGUCACAUCAAGCAUGAAUAACUUGAGCAUUUCUCCCAAAACGCUUACUCCGUUCACGGCCAACCCUCCGCAAAACAACGCUGUGGGAGCGCAACUACACCAACAGAUACCGAUUACACAGCAUAACGGAAACCAAGCCCCGCCCAAUAACCAAAUCAAUCACUUGUCGUCACCUUCGUUAGCGCCAUCACCAACUUUGAAUACCUCUUACAAAGGCUCGCCAUCUCCUGUACCGGCAUUCAUACCCAGAACGACUACGCCCUUGACCUUCACUACGGCUACCUUUGCUCAAACGAAAUUUGGUAGCACUAAGUUGAAAACAAGCAGCAAAAGAGCUAAUAGAAUGUCUCCCACCGAAUUCUCAAACUACAUCAAGCAAAGAGCAAUGCAACAACAACUGCAUCAACAGGCCCCGCACCACUCCCCAGCAGGUCGCGCACUGUCCCCAGACCCAUCCACAUAUUAUUUCCCGCACGGCCACUAUCCACCGCAAUUCCCCCCUAGAUCCGUGUUUGAGUCUUCCAAUCAAUUUUUGAGUCCCGACGUUUAUCCCGGCAAGUUGCCGUUCGAGCACUCAACACCUUUGGGACCAUAUUAUCCCAACAACGGACAGGUAGGAGCACCACCGUCAGCUCCCACUACUCCCCAGGACAAUGGGAAACUGAUAGACAACAACUGGCCCUAUCCCACCGCUGGACAGUACCAGCACCUGCUCGUUGCUAACUGAGGAGCUUCAUAGGCAAGGGAUCUUUUUCUGUCUGAUAGAAGUAUUUGUUUGAGGGGUCUUUAAGGUUUAAAAGGUGCUGGAUAAAUAAAUAAUGAAUGAAUAAUACAUGUCUAGUUCUCCACGUGAAUUGAUAUUUUUUUAAUAAAUCGAUAGAGUACAUAUAUAUACUUAUCAGAACAUGUUAGUAUUAUCUUUAUUUUGUUCACGUGUUGAAUAGGUGUACCAUUUUAUAUUAGGCUAAAAAUAUUUACACGUACUCUUACUAAGCAAUUUAUUUGUUGGUCGUCGCAAUCAUAAACUUUUUUAAUAAUAAGCGGACAAUCUGAGAAUAUUAUCACAGUAAUUCGAGAAGUCCUAAAGUGAAUUACCCAGUUAAAAAUGUGUUUAGUCAAAAAAAAGAUAUUUUACAUUUUUUUUAUUUUCUUUUACAUAUUUAUUAUUAUAUUGCUAAUUUUAAAAUUUUAUUGGUAGGACAUUGGUCUAAUUAAUACGUGAUGGUAAAUUCUGAAAGAGUUUGCAAUUUACUAAUUUAUUGCAUAAGGUUCGAAACAAACUGAUUCAACAUAAGCCACAAUGGUCCUUUGAGCCGGUUUAUAAAAUAAAAACCUGAUCGAGAACUGUAUGAGUUAAGCAUCGUUAUAACAUAAUUUUAAAGUUCCAUACUUCAAUAACUAAACGUAUUCAUAGUUUUAUAAUUAUUUAAAAUGUAAAAUAUUUUUUUUAGAGAUUAAACAAGAAGUUUAUGUCACCUGUUGUAAGAAAAACGUGCAAUCCAAUCACAUGCACGAAAAAAUUUUAAUAUUACUUAAACCUCAUACUACAACCCCCAAACUACGCUUUACUUUUCCUUACUACUGUAUUUUUGAUAUUUGUGUGAUAAUGUUAAUAUAGUAAAAACACAAAAUCAUUAUUUGAGAAAACUAAAACAAAUGGGUUAUGUAAAAUAAAUGAUAAAAUGACUAGUACCUUCACUUGAGCCCAUGAUAUUGUCUCUAGAGUAAUACUGUGUGUAUCGUUUUACCGAUGUGUGCAAUAUUUAUAAAUAUUUUUAUGAAUUAGUAGUUAAUGGUAAAUAUGUAGAGAAUUUUGUUAAUGUUGGUAGAUGAUUUAUUGUAAAAACACGUAGAUUUGUUCGAACGACAAGAACUUCACGAUACGGAUUUAAUCUAAUCAGCAAUUUUUCCAUUUUUUUUAUUUGAAUUUUUCAACAGCAAACUUACAAUAUUUAGAUAAUGAAUCAUUAUCAAACGGUCAUAAAUAUUGUUAUAUCGAAAAUAAGAUUGAACAGAUCGAAAACAACACCAUGACAUUAUUUGGGGCCAUUAUUUAUUAUUAGUUUCGUACCAUACCUAAAAAAAAUACAUUAGCAAAACAGGUGAUUAGCAGCACCAUUUAUUAGCACCACACACUUUAAGUCAUAACGUCAGUUGGUAUUAACAAGCACUUAGUUGAUAUUUAAACAAAACUGGGUUAAGUGAUAAAAUCUUCCUUAUUUAGUGCUAUAUAUAACCAAAAACUCUUAACAAUAACAAUAUAACUUUAAAUCUGGUCACAAAAAUGUAACUAUUUGUUGUCAGAUUAAUAAAUUUGUGUAGUUCAUCAUAAAAGAAUUACGAGUUAGUGAUAUAUUAAAAAAAAGCUCAGUUUUUCAUUGAUGUGACGCUGCCAACAAAAAUAUUGACAUCAUUUUAUGAUAAACUCAUAAAAUAUCUGUACUAGUUAGUGCUAAAGAUGAGCAGUUUGGCCAUAAAAAGUCACAAUCAAUGCUCUAGCCAACAGAACUGGCCAUAAAAGUGCUGUUAUUCUGUGCUAUAUCAACCAAACUGGGAUAGUAUAUCAUAGCAGUGUCAUUUGUCAGUACUAUGUCAAAAAAAUGGGCAUUUGGUGGUAUUAGAACACUCAAUCAAAUGGGUAUGGAACCAUAGAGACUUUCUAUUUAAACUGGUCUGUAGAUUUGGCAAAGAUGAAGAAGAUACCAAAAAUGGCCUAAAUAAAUAAAUAGACACGUAAAUGUGAAAAGUAUAGUUUCAAAAAUGUGUAAAAUUGCUUUUAGAUCCAACUUUUUACUUUGUUACUAUAGUUAUUUAAUUAAAGUUCCUAUUUCUUUAAAAAAAAAGUAAUUAUUUCACACAGCUAACAUAACUAAGGAAUGGAUUAGAUAUAAAACCUGUAUAUAUUAAUAGUUUAAGAAUGUCGAUAUUGGGAUGUACCUUCCAUGAUUAUGGAUUAGUUAGGAUCUCUCUAAUGAUAAAUAAUUUGUACAUAUUUGUAUAAUUUAUAUUUUUUGUACCGACGUCUUAACUAUAGUUUUAACUAUAGUCACUUUUCUAUUUUUGAUACUGCAUUAUGCAUAAUAUUAAGUGGAUUGCGUUCUAUCCUGGGCGAAAACCGGGUAAAGCUUUUUUAUAAAUAGUUAUUUUUUUAAUUGACGCUGUUCCGCCUAAAAAUAAAAAUCAGUGGUUAUUCAACCACCCGAAACGUCAUGAGGCCUUUGGCUAUCAUUUACCAUAGUACUAUGUUAGGCAAAGAUCGAUAUUGUAUUGUAUUGUAAGAUUUUUAGACGGAACGAGACAGUAAACAAUAAUUAACAGUAACUUUUAAAGGACAAUUUUAUAAAAACCAGAACUAUCUGAAAUAUACAUCUUUAUAAAAGUAAAUGUUUCUUACUAGAAAUAGUCAUUGUUAAACAAUUCAAGUUAUUUUCUCCUUUUUUUCACCCUUUCUUUUCCUUUUUUCUUUUUACUUUUUAUUGUUUUUAAAUUUUUAUCACCUUUCCUUUAUUUCGCUGUAUAUUCUUGUAUUUCUCUUUCUGUUUUCCUGGUUUCCUUUUUGGAUUUUUCCGCAUUUUUCCUUUUUACGUUUUUGUCUAUAUAUUUUUAUUCAUUUUUAUACUUUCCCCUUUUCUUCCUUUUGGUUUCUUCUUCUUCCUUUUUCUUAGCUAUGUACCAAAAAAACAAUAAUGGAUGAGCUAAAACUAUCGAAUACCAAAAAGAUAACAAGAAUAUUGGGACAAUGUGUAUAUCUACGAAGAAAAAAUCCUCUACUGACGGCCAAACCAUAUUUUAAACAUUCGGAAAUAAAAUUCGAGGAUCUUCUAUAAUCACUUCUAUCACUUGUAAAACAAUUGAUGAUACAUGUUAAAUAUCACAUGGUACGUUAAAUGUUACAUUUCACGUCAAAUGUCACAUCAAUUUGUGAUUUUUUUUUACGUAAAAAAUUUUACGUAAAACUGUGACAUUUGACAUGAAAUUGAAACUUUUACAAUGAAUAAUUUCACUAAUAUGCCAUUCAAACGUUGUCUUGAAAAUAAUUAAAAAAGCAGAAUAGAAAUUGUCGUUUUAUGAGGUUUUCUCAUAAGAAAAUACUUGGAUAUGAAAGCUUGAUUUAGAGCAUCUUUACCGUCACAAAAUAAUAGUUCUUGAAAGAAAUAGGAAUGGAAGAGCUGCGACCACAGAGAAGUAUGAGAUUCAAAGCUUCCUCAUUUCUUUCGGUUUAUUUUAAUCUGUGUUUUAUCUUAUUUAUUUUUCUAGAAUUUCUCUGCGUGUGCUUUUUUGUGUUAUAUUUUGACAUUUUUAUUUAGAUAAGUAAUAUUUUGGAUAUUUGGUGGAUUUUUAUGCAAAUGUUGUAUUAAAAGUUUUAGAAUAACGUUUAUUUGCAAAAGAACGCACUGUAUAGAUAUAUUCGCACGUUCUACAUCAUAUGUAUUAUUCAAGACAUCUCCAUCGCUAUUUAUUCAAGUAAUGGUUUUAAAACGAAUCUUAGAAAUAAAAAUACACGUAAGGAAAAGUAAAAUCCAAUGUUACUAGUGGACUAUCAGAGUUUUACCUUAUAUAUUAUAAGAAAUAGAAAGAGAUUCCCAAUGAAAAUUUGAGAAAGAUUUUUAUAAAUCGUAGUCAUAUAGAUUAUAGGUGUUUCUUACUUCAUAAAAAUGGUGUUUACAGUAUUCUUGUAGACUAGAGUGUUUCCUAAAUUUUUUAUAUUGUAUGUAUUUUUUUAUUUUUGUAUGAAAAGCUCAAGCUGUCAUCUAGUCCCAUGUUAAAUGUUUUAAUAAGUGUUUGGCAUAUCAAGACGGAACCUAAAAUACCAAAAAAUACCUAAUGUUAGUUUGAAACCCGUUUACACAAAGUGGCCAGCCUGCAUGAGGUAGUUCUUCCAUUAUUGCGCAAUAAAAUGAUCUGUCUUAGAAGUACUGACUUUGUGAUAUUCCAUAUUAAUAGUACAUUUUUUAAAAUGGAUGUAGUAGAUACAAAAAAAUGAUUAGACUUCUAGGUUAGUCUGCAAGACACACUCACUAAAGCCAACCAUAAUUUUACCACUUAAGAACAUCCAUCUUGAAUUUUUUUAACGUAUUACUAGAUGGUCCUACACUAGUCACCAAACGCAUAUAUACAAGUUGUUCCCUUCAUUUUCUUCAAUAUUUCUUAUCUUUUACUGUCUUUACCGUAUUCCUUAUUUCCAUCUAGUCCCUCCAUCGUGUCUUAAGUCUACUUCUUGAUCAUUUGUCACAUUCAUGAGGUUACUAUAUCUUUUAUAUUUGGUCUAACUAUCUUUGAAAAGUUUUUAGUUCUUUUCGUUUGUUACUGUGAGGGUGUUUGUCUAUAAAAUGUAUCUUUUCAGUCUAAAACACUUUUUUCUACGUGUUAAAAGUUAUGUAUCAUAUGCAUAAACUAUGCUAGAUACUAAAUAUCUUUUAAAUCACUUAAAACCAGCUUGAAGCUGCUAUAUCCAACUUUCAUCAAGUAUUAAUUUCAUAACAGAAGUCUAUGUUAAAGCUUUCAACGUUGACGUCAAAUUCAGCAAUUUUAUUCUACUUUACCUAUCAGAAUAUCUUUAAUCACUUUACGGAACUUUAGCAUGUGGAAAACAUUUGGAAAUAUCUUAUACUAAGCUGCCUUAAAAUAUAUAGUUGUCUAAAAUAUUCUAAAUUGUAGUUAUUAUUUCAAACAAUUGUGAUGUAAGGACCUACAUAACCUAACCUAACCUAAGUAACCCCAAAAAAUUUUAAAAAAUGUUUUAUUUUUUAUCUGUACUUUUUGGUAUACUAAAACAUAAAUAACUGAAAUUAACAAGACUAUAACGUACAAGGACCGUCUUUCUAGAAAUAUGUUUAAAUACAUUCACAAUUUUAAGCAAUUAGAAACCGUCCUUUGGUAAUUUUAUAUAUCAGUACUACUUGUUUCUCAAUACUGGCAAUAUAGAUACUCCCUUUAAUCUGUAUUUUUUUUUUCAUAUAAAAAGGCAUACACAAUAUUGUAUAAUAAAACGUCUUGCUGACUAGCCUUUGUAGUAGUAGCUAGCAAUUUUGUGUGGACGUGGCUUCUUUUUGAAUAAAUGUUCAGUAUUGCAUGCUGAGGUAACCCGAUGGGUUCUAGAUGCUUCCUUUUCUCAAAUUAAGGAGAUAUGUGCUAUUUUUUACUGCUUGAUUUUUGUUACUUUUUCACUGAUGUUUAUUUUUUAUUUGUAUAAAAUUGUUGACUUAAUAUAAUAUAUAUUUUGUUAUG